AUGGGAGUUGGGACACUAAUCCUUACCAAAGUCCUGGAAGAAAAGUCAGUUCUUCAAGCUCCUUCAAGCCAGCGGAGUGGUCAUCUGGCUCUUCAGGCUCUCUCAGAGCUUGACGAGCUGCGCUCCGAGUUGGGGAAGACUCGAGGUGUUGCUCCGCUAAGUUCUUGCUUGGCUUUGGCUCCGGCUCCGGCUCCAGCAGCUGGCCAGCUACGCUACUCGGUACCCGAAGAACUGGACCACGGAGCCUUUGUGGCCAACAUCGCGGAAGACUUAGGUCUGGAUGUAUCCGAAUUAUCAGCCAGGCGGUUUCGUAUUGCGUCCCGGGCGGGGAGUAAGCAGCACCUGGAGGUGAAUCUGGAAAAUGGGAUUCUCUUUGUUAACGAGAAAAUAGAUAGGGAAGAGGUGUGCGAGAGCAGCAAGGCCUGCCUCCUGCACCUGCAGCUGGUCAUCGAGAGCCCCCUUGAGCUUUAUCGCAUCGAAGUGGAAGUGCUAGACAUCAACGACAAUGCACCCCGGUUCCCUUGGCAAGAAUAUGUGCUGGAAGUGACAGAAUCAGCACUACCCGGGGCCCGCUUUCCCCUGGAGAGUGCACAGGAUCCCGACGUGGGCACAAACUCCCUACGUACUUACAGACUCAGCCCUAAUGGUUAUUUCUCGCUGGAGGUGCAGACUCGCAGUGACGGCAGCAAGUUUGCAGAGCUGGUGCUGGAGAGGAGUCUGGACCGAGAGCAACAGCGUAGUCACAGGGUCUUGCUCACGGCUUUGGAUGGUGGUAUCCCCGAGCGCUCGGGCACAGCUAGAGUUGUGAUCAUGGUGUUGGAUGCCAACGACAAUGUGCCAGUCUUUGAUCAGUCCACUUACAGCGUAAGCCUGCCGGAGGAUGCGCCCAAAGGGACUCUGGCUAUCAAGCUCAAUGCUACUGACUUGGAUGAGGGAACCAAUGGCGAAAUUGAGUAUUCAUUCAGCGGGCACGCUCCACUAGGUGUGCGGGAGCUUUUUAGCGUGGAGCCCCAUACUGGGCAAGUGCGCCUGAAAGGCCAAUUGGACUAUGAGCGAGCUGAUCUCCAUGAGCUAUAUGUGCAGGCCAAGGACCGGGGCCCCUCUGCAGUUGCCAUUCACUGUCGGGUGUUGGUGCACCUCUUGGAUGUCAAUGAUAACGCACCGGAGGUGACCCUCACCUCGGUCUCCACACCAGUUUUGGAGGAUGCACCUCCCGGUACUGUCAUAGCUGUAAUCAGCGUGCUAGAUAGAGAUUCCGGAGACAACGGCAAGGUGAGCUGCGAAAUCCCAACCGAUACACCCUUUCAGCUUCAGUCGUCUUUCCACAACUAUUAUGCACUAGUAACUACCGCACCACUCGACCGUGAGACUGUGCCCGAAUAUAAUGUCAGCAUCACCGCCCAAGAUCUGGGGUCUCCAGCACUGGCUACCAAGAAGAUCCUGACAGUCCAGGUGUCUGAUAUCAACGACAACGCACCCCGCUUCCUGCAACCCUCUUACAGCGUCUAUGUGACUGAGAACAACGCUCCUGGGGCGUCGAUCUGCUCCGUCAGUGCGCUGGACCCAGACUGCCAACAGAACGCUUACUUGUCCUACUCCAUCGCGGACGGCCAGAUCCAGGGCAUGCCCGUGGCCACCUACGUCUCCAUCAACUCGGACAGCGGGCACAUGUAUGCUCUGCGCUCCCUGGACUACGAGCAGAUUCGCAACUUCCAGAUCCAAGUCGUGGCUCAGGACGCCGGGUUCCCUCCUCUUAGCGGGAACGCCACGGUCCACGUCUUCGUGCUGGACCAAAACGACAACGCGCCCUUGGUCGUGGCUCCCAUGCCCCGCAAUGGUUCCGUGGCUGUGGAGGUGGUGCCUCGCUCAGCAGAGCCCGGCUACUUGGUGGGUAAAGUCUCCGCAGUGGACGCCGAUGCAGGACAGAACUCGCGGCUUUCCUACCGGAUAGUCCAAGCUACCGAUGCCAGCCUCUUCAGCGUGGCCCUCUACACGGGCGAAAUCCGCACCGUCCGCGCCUUCCUGGCCAAAGAUGCCCCGAAGCACCGCCUUCUCGUCCAGGUGCGGGACAACGGGCAGCCCCCGCUCUCGGCCUCCGUGGCCCUCUUGCUCUCGGUGGUGGACAGCGUGCCAGAGGUGCUCUCGGACUUCCGCGAGCUUCCUCCGGGAGGCGAGACGGCUUCUUCCAGGCUUACCCUCUACCUGAUCGCCUCUCUGGGCUCCGUCUCCUUCACUUUCCUUGUGGCCAUCGUUAUCCUCACGGUGGUCAAGUGCCCCAAGGAGCGGCUGACCUUCCCCGACUAUGCCUGCUCCCAGCUGUCUUGUGGCGGGGAGGGCGGCGGCUCCGCUGCCUUCUGCUGCUGCGGCGGCGGUUGUGGCUCGUGUGAGCGCUCGGCUCCUGCCUCAGACCGCCUGAAGAACUCCGGCAGCGUCAACGCGCCGGUCUCCUCGGGCGACUGCGGGGACGUCGGAGCCAGCGCAGGCCCUCCUGCCUAUUGCUAUAAAGUCUGCCUGAGCCCAGCAUCGGCCAAGAGCGACUUCAUGUUCCUGAAAGCUUGCAGCCCCGCCCCUCCGAGGAACAACGAAGCGGGCCCUCAGAACUUGCCGCCGGCUCCCGGCCCGAAAACCCGAGGGGCCAAUAACUCUCGGCAGCUCGCCGACCAGGUAAAACAGGCCAAUGCAGACUGGCUGCCAUCAAAACAACCAAUACUGAAGAGUUCACAGAGCCUAGAGGAUGUAGGAAAAGUUUGGAAAGGAGUUCAGAAAGACCAUGAUAGAUUGUGCACUUUGGUCACGCCAAUGUCUGAACAUAAGAAGACAUCUGGUCCCCCUAACAGCAUCCGGACCCCUCCAUAUGCACCCCUGUAUUUACAACAUAUUUCUCCUCUGGAUUAUCAACACAAUGUAUAUAUUCCAGGAACCCCAACAUCAUCUGCCAAUAAGGACGGCUCUGUAUUUCUGGAGCAGGAAGCUAAGAACAGCUUCUCCACAUUUGGAAAGAGGAAGAAAAUGAUCAAUUAUUCUGAUAAACAUGACAGCAUAGUCAUUAACAACCUGAAAUAA